CAAUGCGUUCUUAUACCGUUGGAAGCUGGGCUUGGUCUCUUCUUCCCUCCUUCCAUCUCAUCUACAUCCUAAACGCGCGCACAAUGACACAACCUAACUCCCCUUACAAUGAGCUGGCGUGCAACUGCCAGAAACCCCCGGGACCUGCCAUAGGCAGGGGAUCACUACGCGCCGCAUCCUGCUGUGACCAGCGCUCACGCCCAAGCGCUUGGCCCUCAUAGGGGUCAACAAAGAUACCCUUUCCCAUGGCCUUUCCUCUGGUCAUGAAGUUGAGCUCCUGGGAGGCAAGAGUACUUCAGCAGCGCCAUGGAGGCUGCAGCAGAGGCCAUUGAG